CCUGGUGAGCUGCCAUCUCUGGGGUCUCACAGAAUCGGACACGACUGAAGUGACUUAGCAGCAUGAUCCAGUGAUGGUGUGCAUGUUUUAAUGUGCUUAUUUGUCAUCCAUAUGUCUUCAUUGCUAAAACGUCCGUUCAAACAUUGCCCUUUUUUUGAUUGGCUUUUGUUAUUGUUGAGUUUCAGAAGUUCUCUGUAUAUCCUGAAUACAGGUUCUUUAUCACAUACAUUCUUUGCAGAGUUCUUCCAGUCUUCUUGUGGCUUGUCUUUCCAUUCUCUUUACAUUGUCUUUUGGAAGAGCAGUUUUAAAGUUUGAUGGAGUCUAAUUAAUAAAUUUGUUGCUUUAUGGGUUGUGCUUUUAGUGUUGUAGCCAAAAAGUUUUUGACUUACUGAAUGUCACAAAAUCUUUAUCCUGUUUCCUCACAGAAUUUUUAUAGGUUUAGGUUUUACGUUUGUGUCCAUGGUCUACUUGUAUAUGGAAUGAGGUAUGGAUACAAGUUCUUUUUUUUCCCAGCAUCAUUAUCUGAAAAAGCUUAUUUUGGUGGGGAGGUAAAAUUAUUUUUUUCUAAUUGUAAAAGUAAGACAUUUGUAAAAUACAGAAGAAUAUAAAGUCUAUAUCUUGCUAAUUUUUUAAAAUAACUUAGCAAGGGACAUUUAAGGGUAUUGUGAGGUGAGUGGGGAGGAGUAGUUCUAAGUGUGUACUUCAGAAAAUUGGAAUCACAGUGUAUUCUGUGUCCUGCUUUUAAAAAUUAUUAGCAUUAUAUUGGUGCUUAAUCAUGUGAUUCAUUGUUUUUAAUGGCUGACUAUUUUAUCACAUAGACAUAUCCUGCUAACCCCUUUUAUUAGACAUUAUCAAUUUAUUCUUUUUUAAACUUUUAUUCUUAAAAUAUGCUUUGAACAUGCUUAUACUUAAAUCUUUAUUUCUUGGUUUUUCUCCUUACAUUUUUAGAAAUUAUUUAUCAGAUCAGCAUACAUGGACACUUAAAAGGCUCUGAGUACCUAUUUCUACAACAUAUUCCAGAAAAGCUUCAACAAUUUACACUCCCAACAGCAAUAGCUAAGAAACUUAAUUUUUUAAAUUGAUCUUUAAAUUCUUUUUUGAAGUAUAGUUGAUUUACAAUGUUAUGUUAAGGAAUACAAUUUGUGAUUCAAUAUUUUUAUAGAUUAUAAUCCAUUUCAGAUUAAUUAUAAAAUAUUGGUUAUACUGCCUAUGCUGUCCAUCACGUCCUUGUAUCUUAUUUAAGAAAUUUUUAAUUUUUAUGGCAGGUUUUGUUUGUUUAUAUAAAAGCCUCAGGGAUGCCUCUAGACACCCCCUUCUUGUCCGCCACAGCAUCACUCUAACCUUGGCCACUGUCCCCAGGCUGGGCACCCUGCUCCUCCCCCAUCCUAAACACCCACACCACCCUCUUGCUUGGCUCUGCUGACACUGACCAAGUUAAGCCAGCUCCUCACACCCCUUACCCCUUUUACCAAACAACUUGCAGGACUAGUGUGUGUCUCUCCCACAUCUGUAAUCACCUUAGAUGAAAACCUGUCUGUUUUUUCGGGCACAGUUUUGCCUUGUCUUCUGCCCCUGCCCUCCCGCCUCUCUAUCCUCAAUACCCCAGCUCGCUCCUGUCUCUCCUGCCAGGCACCUGACGGCCACCAGCCACUGCCCUACCAUUUUUCUCCUCUUCCAGUACAAAGCUCUGAAAAGAAGUCUGUCUUCUCUGGAGGUCACUCCCUGUCCCUCUGCUGGCACCCAGAUUGAGGGGAGCCCACUCCUGGCCCCAGUCUCCUCACUCCCUGGUCCACCUUCUUUCUUGCUGAAGCUUGAUGCCAUCAUUCCUAAGUGGUGAACUCUGCACACGAGUGCAGGGUGGUUCUGGAACUCUUCGCAGUCCUGUCUUUUUGUGGGUUUUGCCACCUUUUCCUUCUCGAAGCUCUGCCUGAUUGCCCCCACCCACCACAGAAGGCCAGUUUCAUCCUAUCAUUGUGUCAGGAGGCUGUCUGUCCACCUUCCCUUCACCUCCUAUGUUGAUACUGUCGGGCACAUGGGUGGCCUCUCUCUGGAAAAGCUUCUUCUUGCUGGUUUUCAGCUCUGUGCUCGUCCAGCACAGUCCUCCGCAGCCCAUGGGACAAGCACUCCCUGCCCCUUGUCCUCCCCCCACUGGUUUUGCUCGCCGCAUCCACCCCAUCUCCCUGGUACUUGUUCUCAGAGCCGUGGAUCCCUUACCUGUCUCACACUUGCUUCUUGUCACAGUACAUGGGUGUGAGAGCCCCCAGCCUCGGACAUCACUGCACUUUUCUCAUCUGAACCCUUAUGAUAUCCAUGACUACACCCCACUGCAGCCAGGGGUCACCUUGGCCUGCAUGUAACCUGCACUGGUGCCAAGUCCUGGCUUAUCAGCGUGCUCCCCACACCACUUUUCUUCUUCUUUAUUGUACAUUCUUCAAGCACAAGCCUGUAGUAGUCUUCUCCUUUUCUGACCCUCUGUGUUCCUAGUUUACACCGUAUAAUGUCUCUGCUGUCAAUCUGUCAUGCUAAUACGGCCUUAUGUAUGGUUGCACGCUGACCCCUGGUCCAGGGCAGUGAAGCAGAUGGUUUCUGCAUGGAGCUCGUGGUGCCUCUUUCUCCGGUAGUCAGCACCACAGACAUAGGUCUCCAUCACCUGCAUGGUAUAACGAAGCUGAGGACAAGAUUCACAGUAGAGGCUUCAGAGUUCAUUUGGGGUUUUCUUUUUGUUGACGAUGAACUCUCCACCUGCGAAUUCACCUUAGAACCAGUGACGGCCUUAUCUGAAGACCAGCUCAGCGGCUGGGUGCCAGUUGUCCUUGUUCCGCCUCCACUUCGGGGGUGCUCUAGGUUUGCACACCGUCCUCAACCCACACACCUCCCCCUCCCCGAGAACACACAGCCCACAAGGAAACACUCAUCCGUCGGGAUUUCUGCCUCACCUGUUGUUCGGAACAAAAUACACACCCCUAAAGGUUUUUCUCAAAAACGUGUUACAGCAAAAAUAGUGCAUGUGUUUAGAAAGUAAAUGAAGAAAAUAAGCAGCAAUUCUGAGAAACAACAGUAAACGCGGACUCUUUUACUGAAUUAAAAACAUGAACAACCUAGAUAAUUUCAUGGUGGUUCAAGGGGAAAGUGCAUGAGUCAAGGCAUAUUGAUUGGUUUACUUUUCAUUUUUCCAUGUACUGUAAAUAUUUUUCUUUGAUUCACAUUUGUUCCUAACAGAUUCUGAGCUAGAUUUCCCACUAAAGUAUCAAGAUAUGAAUAAGUGGUAAUGAAUAAGAACAGCACUGUGGUUCAUGUGCCAUUAGCCAAGCUGGUGUGACUUUUGGAACUUGAGACUAACUCUUCUUUUCUUUUUAGGUCGCCUCUUGGUGGUGUGUUGGCCGUAUCUGGCACCCAGAAUGCCUCACUCUGUGACGGUCUAUUAAUAAGGUUGCCUUGCUAGACUUGGGAACAGAGCCCCCGGUUGGCCAAAAUGGGAAGGACUGGAUUCCACUCUCUUCCACGAAGAGUCAAUGGGACUGGCUAAGAUCAAGGUCUGAGGCUUCAUCCAUCCAUCAUCAGUCCCUUUUUGCUUUCUUUUACGACCACAUGAAACUUGAGAAGCCACCUAAAGCUAAAUCAUUUAGUGGAGUUGGGCAGUUCCCAAGUGUCCAACAAGAAGGCCUGCUUUAGGCUGCGAUGGCCACUGUCAUUCCUGGUGAUUUGUCAGAAGUAAGAGAUACCCAGAAAGUCCCUUCAGGGAAACGUAAGCGUGGUGAAACCAAACCAAGAAAAAACUUUCCUUGCCAACUGUGUGACAAGGCCUUUAACAGUGUUGAGAAAUUAAAGGUGCACUCCUACUCUCACACAGGAGAGAGGCCCUACAAGUGCAUACAACAAGACUGCACGAAAGCCUUUGUUUCUAAGUACAAAUUACAAAGGCACAUGGCUACGCACUCUCCCGAGAAAACCCACAAGUGUAACUAUUGCGAGAAAAUGUUUCACCGGAAGGAUCACCUGAAGAACCACCUGCACACGCACGACCCCAACAAAGAGACGUUCAAGUGCGAAGAGUGCGGCAAGAGCUACAACACCAAGCUGGGCUUCAAGCGGCACCUGGCCCUGCACGCAGCCACGAGCGGCGACCUCACCUGCAAAGUGUGCCUGCAGACGUUCGAGAGCACCGGCGUGCUGCUAGAGCACCUGAAGUCGCACGCGGGCAAGUCGGCGGGCGGCGUGAAGGAGAAGAAGCACCCAUGCGAGCACUGCGACCGCCGCUUCUACACGCGCAAGGACGUCCGCCGACAUAUGGUGGUGCACACGGGAAGGAAGGACUUCCUCUGCCAGUACUGCGCUCAGAGGUUCGGGCGCAAGGACCACCUGACGCGGCACAUGAAGAAGAGCCACAACCAGGAGCUCCUGAAGGUCAAGACGGAGCCCGUGGACUUCCUGGAUCCCUUCACCUGCAACGUGUCGGUGCCCAUCAAGGACGAGCUCCUCCCAGUGAUGUCGCUGCCCUCCAGCGAGCUGCUGUCCAAGCCGUUCCCCAGCACCCUGCAGCUGAACCUCUACAACACUCCGUUCCAGUCUGUGCAGAGCUCGGGCUCUGCCCACCAGAUGAUCACCACCCUGCCUUUGGGCAUGACGUGCCCCAUAGACAUGGAUGCUGUCCACCCCUCCCACCACCUUUCCUUCAAGUACCCGUUCAGUUCUACCUCAUACGCCAUCUCUAUUCCCGAAAAAGAACAGCCCUUGAAGGGGGAGAUUGAGAGCUACCUGAUGGAGCUGCAGGGCGGCGUGCCCUCCUCCUCCCAGGACUCUCCAGCGUCCUCGUCCAAACUGGGGUUGGAGCCGCAGCUCGGGUCCCUGGAGGACAGCACGGGGGACCUCUCCCUGUCCAAAAGCUCCAUCUCCAUCAGUGACCCCCUGAACACACCAGCAUUGGAUUUCUCUCAGCUGUUCAAUUUCAUACCAUUAAACGGCCCUCCCUACAACCCGAUCUCGGUGGGGAGCCUGGGGAUGAGCUACUCCCAGGAGGAGGCACACUCUUCGGUGUCUCAGCUCCCCCCGCAGAGCCAGGACCUGCCGGAUCCUGCCAGCACCAUAGGGCUGGGCUCUCUGCACUCGCUGUCCGCAGCCUUCACCAGUAGUCUGAGCACGAGCACAACCCUGCCCCGUUUCCACCAGGCUUUCCAGUAGAGUCCCACCGUGCGCAUCGAUGGCCGAAACGUAUGUGCAGCCCUGCCUUAGCUGACCGUUCUGGUUGUAGUGCCUACUUUAAGACAGUAUCACAGUUUCUGCUUCUGUAUAGUACCAAUUUUCAUUAAGCCAGUAUAAAAUAGAAACUAGCUUUUUAAAUGAGCUACAGAACCAUUUGUGUUCAGCUAUGUUUACCUGGGUAUUUUGUCCUGAUUCACUGCCAACUGUCAUAUUUUAAGACGAUUUCUCACAUAGGAAAGCCAUUUAGCAGUCAAGUCUUACAAAUCCCAUGUUCUGACUUACUGUUAGAUCUUAAACUUUGCAUUUUUGUCUGAGAUCAAUGGCUCUACCUUUUGACAUUUGGCUCCUUAAAAAUAUUUUGCUUCAGUAAGUUUUCUAAAACGUACAUGAAUGACCUGAGAGUUUAAAAAAUUUUACUAGCCUCUAAAUGGAUUAAUAAGGAAAUGCUUCAAAUGAAUUUAGAAUCCAGUCUGGGGACAUAGCAUAUGUUUCUUAGAUAUAACCAUAAUUUCAGGUCAGUGUAUUUUGAAGACUUGCUAUUGUCUGGCUCAAAUGUUUGCUGUCUUUUUUAUGCACAUAUAAGAAAAACAAGCCUAGACACAAAGCGCACCAGUAUUUGUAGCAAACAGACACCCCCUAGGAAGGUGACACGGCAGUCCAUGUUACUUAAGAGUUGGCCUUAAAUUAGUACACAGGAUAUUUGCCACGUUUUAUCCUUGUUGCUGUCUUUCUUGCAUUCAUGCUAAUAGUCUAUGGCGUCAAGAGUCUUCAGCGUCAGUCUUUAGGUGCGUCUCUUUCAUCUUCUCCAUCUUUGAUGGCCAGAGGGUAGGUCGAGGACAGCCAGCCACUUCCCUUGGCUUCUCACUGCACAAUUGGUCCAGAGUCCACAGCUGUUGGGGAACACAGGUGUGCUUAUCCCAGGGGUGGGGCUGUCCCAUCUUCUAGGGUGAGAGACCCCAGGCAGAGAGACCAGUGUGAGGCCUGCCACUCUGCUAGGGACUCGUCUGGGGACCACGUCCCCGGUUGCCAGGGUGGAAAUGAGGGGUCAAGUCACAGCAUAUCACUUACAUCACUCUUGCUCCCUUUGAUUCUGUUUUCUCUCCCUGAGCGCCAAAAGCGGAAAACAGAACAACCCGGCUCGCCAACCACCACCAUCCCCCGCACUGUGGUAUCUUUCUCAUUCAGUUUUUUUUUUGUUGUUGUUUUUUUUCAUUCAGUGUUAAUUCUUUUUUCCCUGCUGUUUUUGGACAGAGACUUUAAAGUUAAAUGCAUUCGAAAACUAUUUGAGGAAAGAUCACAAAAUUUAAGUGACUAAAAGUAUAUACAGUAAACCCCACGUUUACAAGUCCCUGGGAAGGUGGGAGGAACGUCACAAAGAAGCUGAAUUUGCAGACAGAGGGGGAAGAGCACAGUAAAACAAGCACUGUCUUAGGUGAUGUGAAAAAUAACAAGAGCGUGGUGUUCAGUGAAUACAGUAGUUAUUACAGGCUUUCCUCACUUGACAACCAGCACAUUUUCUCAAAGGUCAAACUAUUAUUCUAUUUUUCUAAUAAUCGGUUGGGGCGUCAACCUAAGAAACAUAUCUUAUUAAGCACUUGUUAACACCUUAUUUGGGGACCCUGUCUGUCGGGGUGGGUUUGAGGAGGGAGGGUUUAUAGAAGAGUAUAUAUCUCUUUAAAAAAAAAAUAUUUCUGAGCACUCAUGAGCCCUGUGUGGAAGCUUCUCUUCCCUUUGACAGGGCCAGCUAUCACUGCGGAUUUCCAUGUUUACCAAGAAGUUCUAAAGAUGAGUGCAGAUUACUGAAUAUAAUACAUUAUUUAAACUAUUGGGGAGUAGUAUAAUUUGUGGAGAGAUGUAAAUUGUAAUAAUGUAAAUGGGGGUUUCACUAUAUAUUAUAUAUAUGUACACACACGUGUAUCGCACUUCAUAGAAUCAGAGUUGCUCUCGUACGGAGCUUUGGCUCCAGUAUUUUUAUCAUGCUCCUAUUUGUUUUUGUUUUUUUAAAUCCCAGGAGCAGUAGUUUUUAUACGUAUGUAUUUAAAUUUUAUUAUUAAAAGUAACAUUUUAUUAAAAAAGUGUGUUCCAAAGGCAUUAAAAUUAUAUAUGUUAAUAAGGAAAUACAUUUAAAAAUUUUUCAAACUGCUCCUGAGCAUUUGCCUAGGAGACUGUUUGCUCUCAAAGUAGGCUUUUAGCUCUGCUGUGUUGCUGCCCGCUUUAGUUUCUAUGAAACAGAUGCUUACUUAAAUCAUUAGUUGAAUGAUUAAUGUUCAAUAUUGCUUUAAUCACCGUCGAGAGGAAAAGCAAAAAGAAAAAAAAUAUUGGUGACAGAGCACAAAUGAAUAGAAAACCUGUUUUUAAAUAGAAAUCACAAAUCACAAGUGUGGAAGCACUACUUUAUUUUUGUCUAAAAUUUGCUUAAAGAGAAGUCAGAUGAACGAACUGAGAUGUUGGCCUUUUUGUGGGCUGUAUUUCACUGCUAAUAAAAAAGUAAAAAGGGAGUACCAGGAUUUAUUAAAUAAAGCAUUUUGGAAAUGGGGAAUGGCGCCAUGUAGGUGUAUAUAUAUAUAUAUUUUUAGCCUAAUUCUCGCCCAGCAUACCUUCCAGGGCACCAGGGCUGAAAUUGUGGACUCUAUUUUCACGUGUACACACCCCUUUGCCUGUUGCUUUCCCACAGACUUGAAAUCACACUUCCAAGUAAGAGGGAAUUCUGCUCAUUCAUUUUUUAAACUGACUAUAGUGGUCACUAAACCCCCUUUGAGAGAAUCUCUAUUAAGCAUGAGGUAGACUCAUUUUAUUUUAAUUGCACAAUGGUCUGACAAGGCUGUAACACCGAACUGGCCCUUUUUUUUUUUUUUCCUUAAAAAGAAAAUUGACACUUUUGAUGUCAACGGGAUGUGAUUAAAAAUAAUGAUUGCCAAUUCUGUUUUUAUUCUCCAGUGGCCAGAAUCAUUAUCCUCGAAAUUUCUAGUAGUGCCUUUGCUUGGGUUUUUCUUUUUUUUUUUAUAAAGGGAUUGUUAUUAAGUAAAAAUAUUUCAGUUUAGAAUUUGGACCUCAGACAAGAUAUUGAACCUCAUUCGGUUUGACCUUCCACGUGUUUGUACAAAUUAAUGUCACCAGAUACCGAAGCACGAGCAUGGAAGGAUACUGACACUAUAAGCAAUAUUCUCCGCGGAUGGACCCGAACAUCACCUUGAUAGCUACUGGUCACUGCUACAACAUGCAUCUUAAAACCCUGUUACCAAGUUCCGUUGUUCAUGUCCUGACUGAUCACGCGCUACUCUUUGUGCAGCUUGUUAAUUUCAUGUAGGUGUUUCUUCCAAACUAUGUAUUUUUGCCGAUGUGUUGCUUGUGUUUUAUUCUUCUUAGUCACUUGUGCAACAUAGUGAUAUAUUGUGUUAAUUUGGACAGUAGCGGUUUUUAAAAACCAUAUACUGACUGAAAACAUGAGCCAGAGCUGACUGCUUUAUUAAGCUAAUAAUGAAUGUUAAAGAGUACAUAUUUUCAGGAUUAUUCAUCUAGUAAGCAAUACACAUAUAUAGGCCAAUAUUUUUUUAAAAAAUAGAGCUUGGUCAACCUCUAUACUACACAUAUUACAAGAUAUAGCACUUUCAAAACGAAUCUAAACCUUUACAGAAAAACUUUCUUAUAGGUUAUGCCUUUUAUUUUAAGACUUAUUAUAAUUUGUUUCAAGUGCCAUUAGAGGAUAGAUAUAUAGGCCUUUGAUGUAUAAUGCUUUGUGUUCAAGAAUGGUAGACGGUAUUUUAAACAGGUACAGUUUUACAGUGUUUUCUUAUCAAUUUGCUAUAUUGCACAGAAUCAGUGUGUCUUUUCAUAAGGUUUUACAAUGGUUUAUUUUUUUAAAAGGUUUACGUGUCUCAAAACACACUGUCUUCCCAGUAUGUAAGUUAAAAUACAAAAAAAAAAUAUUCACCCAAGUUGCUUCCAGCCUACUGAGAUCCAGGCGACAUUGGAGGAGAUCUUUUAGAUGUCAUGUAUUCUUCAUUAGCAAUGGCAGACUGUUACCUCUGAGAAAUGAGUGCCUACAUUGAGACCUUGUCUUAUUUUUCUCACACUGUGUCAGCAACCAUGUCAAUCACACAGAUAGUCUGUGGUGAUCCCAUAGAUCCAUGUUAAGCUGUGUUGUGUAGCUCUGUGCUGAGAACCCAUGCAGAGCUCCUUUCUGAUCCAUCCAAAUGGAUCCUUUCUUAUACAUCCAAAUGAUACCACCCACAACGGGCAAGGCACGUUCCUAUCACCCCCGGCCCUUCUGCAAUAUUGUCAACCUCUGAGGUUGGAAGGCAGUGUCUUUUGAUUAAGUUACCUAGCUUAGAAAGGACAGAACUAUUGCUAAUGUGUAAAACACUUCAUUGUAUAAGCUUCAGUGGUACAUAUGACCCAGAAUGAAUGUGUAUCUUCUCAGAAACACUCCUUCAAUAUUCUGUCGGAUCAUGCUGCUAAUGUAACUUGGGAUACAACUCUUCAUGGUGCUACAGACUUCUCUGUCUCGUUCAGUCAUAUUUUUUUUUUAUCCAUAGGAAAAAAAAAAAAGGACUACAUUAGGUGUAAAGGUGUACAAUAUAUUUUUAUACUGUGACUUCAUUUGUCUUUAACAAGACUUUUACACCACCCACCACAAUGUAUUCAUGUGCACUUGCAAAAGGAAACCUUGGACGUGCAAAUGUUAUACCAGAACAAACCCAGCUUUGUCCACAAAGGUGACCGUGACUCGGAAAGAAACAUGGGCUUUAUAAUAUGGUGUGGAGUGAAGAACAUGCUGUACGUUACUAACAGCCCUUUGAAUUUAACAAAAACUGGGCAUCCAUUCGGAAAUGGAUUGCAUCAUGCCUGAACAUAAGCUGGACUGCUGAAAUUGUAUUUUUAGCUGACGAAAAAGUGUUUGGACUAGUACUCUAAAAAUGUUCUGAUGAUAAAGUUUUGAGUCAAAAUAGAAAAGAGAAACUGCAUUCCAGGCUGCAUUUUGUAUAUUUUUAUUGCAUUUAAAAUUCGCUCUUCUGUGAUACCGGGAAAUCAAGUGGCUUAUCCUGUAUAUCAUGUACUUAAAAUGUAUUCACAAACUACUGUUGUGUUUGUAUAAAAUAUAGACAAAGAUCAUAUUUUCUGUGUGUGUAUAAGCUCUGUAAAAUAGCAAUCACAUUAUGAAGCUGCAGCAAGACUACAUUUUAAACAUCCACAUCCAAAGAAGCAGGCUAUUUAUUGUCCAGUUACCCAGUUAUAAAAUAUUCAUUUGCUGCUAAUUAAACAAUAGUACUGCA